AUGCUGUCCUAUAGCAACAGUUCCCUCUCUGUUGAAGUCUCUGCGUUCCUCCUGAAUUGUUUCGUCAGGGACCCCAUCUGGCAGCGCUGGCUGUCCUGGCCCCUCACUCUGCUUUUCCUGCUGGCCAUGGGGGCCAAUGCCACCCUCUUAAUUACUAUCUGGUUGGAGGCGUCUCUGCACGAGCCACUGUAUUACAUGCUCAGCCUCCUCUCUCUGCUGGACAUUGUGCUCUGUCUCACUGUCAUUCCCAAGGUCCUGGCUAUCUUUUGGUUUGACCUCAGGUCCAUCAGCUUCUCGGCAUGUUUCAUUCAGAUGUUCAUCAUGAAUAACUUUCUGCCCAUGGAAUCAUGCACCUUCCUAGUCAUGGCCUAUGACCGCUAUGUGGCCAUCUGCAAACCUCUUCGUUAUUCAUCCAUAAUCACUGACCAAUUUGUGGCAAAAGCUGCUGUCUUCGUCCUCCUCAGGAAUACAUUAAUGACUGCGCCUAUUCCCAUCCUCUCUGCCCGGCUCCAUUAUUGUGGAAAACAUAUCAUUGAGAACUGUAUCUGUGCCAACCUCUCCGUGUCCAAGCUCUCCUGUGACAAUGUGACCCUUAACAAAAUCUACCAGUUAAUUGCAGCCUGGAGUCUUAUAGGUUCUGAUCUUGUCCUCAUUUUUCUUUCCUAUACCUUCAUUCUUAAAGCUGUCCUUAGACUCAAGGCAAAAGGAGCAGCGGCCAAAGCACUGAGCACAUGUGGCUCCCACUUCAUCCUCAUUCUCUUCUUCAGCACUAUCCUGCUUGUUUUUAUCUUUACACACAUGAUCAAGAAAAAGGUUUCUCCUGAGAUCCCUGUGUUACUCAAUGUUUUGCACCAUGUAAUUCCUGCAGCUCUCAAUCCCAUUGUCUAUGGGGUACGGACCCAAGAAAUUAAGCAGGGGAUUUGGAAAUUACUAAAGAGGGGUAGGUGA